AUGAGCGACGAGUUUGAGCUCGCGGGUCGCAACUUUAGCGCCGGCCACGACCAUCUCUGGAUGGCGCUCGACAUUCCGGACGGCGUCAACCGCGCGAUCGAGGUGUACAAGCCCGAGAACGCCAACACCAAGGACGGUCUCUGUUCGAUUCGCGUCGACUCGAAGGAGAUUGAUAUCUCGUACUACAACGUGUGGGCCAACGUGCCGGGCUGGACCGGCAAGAAGAUGUACUACGCGGCGGCGAUGAUGCAGACGUGGAAUAAAUUUUGCAUCCAAGGCGGCUUUGUCGAAGUCGCCGCCAAGCUGCCAGGCGCUUUGAACAAAGGGUCCAUGAACCCGCACGUUACAGGCCAGCGGACGACAUCACAAGGCACGAAGCCAGUCAAGACGCUCGACCCGAUCCCAGACGUCCGCUUCUACCCGACGUGGCCAGGUCUGUGGAUGAUGGGCAACCUCGGGCGCGCGCUUUUUUCGGCCUCGACCAACAAGAUGUGGCCGUGGACGUACAACGAGUGCACGGAGCUGUCGCGCAAGAACCAGCGCAUCUCGGCGUGCAACAAGAGCCCGGGCUUUGGCCUCAACCCCGGCCAAGGUCGCGGCGCGCCCGAGAUUGACAUCCUCGAAGGCGGCGGCACGGCGAUCUCGUCGUCGGUUCAGAUUGCACCGGGUAUGCCGGACGACUACCGGCCUAUGCCGCCUCUUCUCAAGUACGAGAACACGUCCAACGUGGAUGCACAAGGACGACACGGUGUCGGUCAUCUCUUUUGCUUUUACGAAAAGCAGUGCUUGACGCUUGGCGCCAACAUGGCGGACGUCCCGACGUCGGCAUUCGCGUCCCGCGGCCACAAGUCGUGGUACCAAGGCCUUCGAUAUGCGGCCAACAACCGGUGUACGCCCGAUUCGACCAAAGUCCAGCAGUACGCGUCGGUGGCCGCGGCCCAAAAUGCAGUCCUUGUCGACAACCAAUUCGACAUCAAGACGAUCAGCUCCGGCCGUGACCGUCACGCCGACCUCAGCCUUAUUGACGGAAAAGGCCAGUACCACUGGGGUAUCAACUACAACGGCACGUGCUUCCCGAUCGCAAAUGGGUAUAUGGGCGGGUUCCUCUGCGACCGCGACAGUCAAAACCCGAAGUGCGAGCAGCCACGCACAAACGCACAAGCCCUGACCAAGAUGAUGGAGCCGUUCGAGUACCAAAUGGACGCGAUUUCGGCCAAUUGGGACGUGAGCUACGAAGCGUACACGACCUUCUACAAGUACCAGCUCGAGUGGUACGACGCGACAGUCCAAACUGCAAAGGUUAUGGGCAACGACGGGUAUGUGCGCUGGACGCUCGACGGCGCUCCGAUUUUCGAGAUCCCGGCGUCGACGAUGACCGACCCGCCGCAAGGCACGGACAGUGGGGCGUCGUACAACCCCAAGAAGAUCAUGAUCGAAGAGCCGAGCUACUUUAUCUUCAACGUGGCCAUGUCGUCGGCGUGGGGUGCGACACCGCCCAACUGGCAGGUUGGUCCGUGCCGCGGCAAUGCGACGAUGCCGACACCGGGUUCGGACGACGCAAAGAUCUCCAGCAACGUUUGUGACUCGUUCCCGAUGUACAUGUACAUCGACUACAUCCGCGUCUGGCAAGACACAACCACGAUGAGCUACGGCUGUGAUCCCCCGACGCAUCCCACCAAAGAGUUUAUCAAAGCGCACAUCGCCAACUACACGGACCCGCUCAAUCCCGACAUUGCGGUCGCCGGUGGCGCCAUGUGCAAGAGUGAUGACGACUGCACGGUCGUUACAAGCUCGACAGGCAGCUGCGUCAACCGGCGCUGCUCGUGCGUGACGGCGUGGACCGGACCCCGGUGCACCAAGUACAGCAUCGACGGGUCGUCGUCGUAUGGCCCGUCCAUAGUGCUUGCAGUGGCCCUCGUGGCGUUCGCCGUUGUGGCCUCCGUGGACAAUUAG